CCUAACCUCUAAUGAAAAUCCAUUCCCUUCUUCAUUCUUUUCAGUCAUAACCUCCAGGAAAAGGCACUUUCUCAAUCUGGCAGGGAUGUUUCACUAUUUCAAAAGAGAAACUGUAGAAAGAAGUGACAAAGUUGUGGAAGAAGAAGGUAAAAAACUGCAGAAAGAGAAGGAAUCGGGAAACCUCUCCAAAGACAAUCAAGACAUCUCCUCAGAUUCCAUGUUGGCCAUAGAUGCCGCCAUGGCACUUACAAGUGAUCCAGAGAGCAGUGGAAGUGAACAGAGUUCUGAGGAAGAAUUCACCUUGCUUCCUAUGCCACCCGAGUUUGUUUCGGGACAUUUGGAAUACUUGGAAGAUGCCCUGAUGUGUCCUGACCUCCCAAUUGCCUCCCAGACUUGUGCCAGUGACUACAACAACAGUGAUAACGGUGAAGAUGACCAUUCAGAUGAAAGCAAUAAGAAUCAUGAUAGCAGCAGUGAUCAGAGUGACAAUCACUGCCAUGAUGAUGGUGGCAAUGACGUCAACAACAAUGACAAUGUCAUCCUUCAGAAACAAGAAAUGGACACUGGUGGCUUGCAUCUUCAUAUGCUGCAAAGUAAGGUAGAAGACAACUACACAAAGGUGGUUGAAGGAAGUGGAAAACCGGUAGAAGGGAAAGAGGAGCAGGAAGAAGAGCACAAAGAGUACAAAGCAGGGACUCAAUGGCAACAUCAGGAAGGCUCACCUUCAGGCUCCACUUUGGGUGAUGGUGUCCCCAUAUCUACUUCAAGAGACCCAGAAAUAAGUGCUACAAAUGAACAGAGUUGCAAUGAAGAGCUCUUUGAGGUUGAUGAUAAUCUUUUCUUAAUUCCCAGUCCUGCUCUUGUUGAAAAGCUGGCACCAGAGCCCUGCCCCAGAUGCUGUCCCUGGUUUUGCUUUCCUUGCUUUCCCUCUUUUCACUUUCCUUGCCUUCCCUGGUUUCGUAGAGCUUGGAAAUACCUGGUGGUGAUUUUCAGUACCAGGAAGAAAGCCUAG